AACCACUAUUUCUGCUUCGGCGGACGUUUUCGCACCGCCAAGCACUCCAUAUACCUCAACAUCUUUAUGUUCAUGGCCAUUAUUCUCCCGUUGGUAGUCUUUCUUGUGUUUGAGGCCAAAUGGACAUGGCACCACGUCAGUCCCGCGGUACCGCUUCUCUUUGUGUACGUGUGGCUGGUGUGUGCGGCGAGCUUCGUCAAAGCCGCGGGUGGCGAUCCUGGUGUUUUGCCCCGUAACGUGCAUCUCACUGAAAAUGUGGCCCAACUCCCAGAGGAGUACUUCAACACUAUCACUAUUCCCGCGUUUCAGACAGGCUCGGUGGCGGUAAAGUAUUGUGCCACAUGCCGCAUCUGGCGCCCUGCGCGCACCAGCCACUGUCUGACGUGUGAUGCCUGUGUGACAGUGCAUGACCACCACUGCGUAUGGCUCAACAACUGUGUGGGACUGCGAAACUACAUGUACUUCAUGGAGUUCCUAGCCGGCAGUAUAUUAUGCUGUCUAUACAUUUUGGGGUUCACCGUGUACCGGCUAGCCAAGCUGGAUUCGUUCCGCCAUGCGAUCCGAACUUCCCCCAUGUCCUUUAUGCUUGCUAUCUAUAGCAGCUUGGUCAUGAUCUACCCCACGAUUCUUUUCGGGUUCCAUCUUUAUCUUAACGUCACCGCCCAGACCACCCGUGAGUUUCUCGGGAACAUUCACAAGCCUGUGGGCGAACAGACGUUCUGGCAGUACUCCGAGGGGAGCGACGUAAAAGGCGCACUUCGAAAUGCUGCGCAUGUAUGGCUUCGUGUGCGCGGCCCCAGCGCCCUCCGCGUCAGAGAUCCAUACGUCCACGGUGACCGCCGUUGGGACAAGUUGGCC